AGAAAAAGCGACCAAAUUUACAUGUCUUCCACCUCGUCGCUCCCCAGUCCCCCACUCAUUCUCUCUCUUUGCAGAUCCCAAUGCAUGUAUCAUGUAUGCUUCCUGGCUAUCAAGUACUCAAGUGAAAAAUCUUGAGCUGAUGAAACCCUCAAAAAUCCAUCAUUAACCAGUGAGCUGUGAGCCCCAUAGACUUCCAUUCUUCUACUAAUCAUUGCAAUCUUCCACUCAAACAGAGAGAGAAGCUAAUAAAUGGAUGGGGGGAGAAGAAAGGGUGUGGUGCCGUCAGGCUCUGUUUGGGAGAGCAGGAUUAGACUUGAUGAAGUCAAAGGUGGGAUAAAAGCCCUUAUCAACACUUCCCAAACUGAAGAAGAAUCUGAAAACCCACAAGAAAUUGAUGGCCAAAAUGCUGCCUUUUCUCCCCCUAGCAAUGAUGGUGUCCAUGAAGAAGAUGGGAAAUCCAGUGUGGGCCCAAAACCCAGCCCUGUUGGAGCAAGUGGGAAGAGGAAGACUUGGAAAGCUGAGAGCUUUGAGGGAGCCCCAAUCCAGAUUGCCAGGAAAUCAACAAGAUCUGAUCUCACCAAGAGUUUUGAUGAGGAGAAGUUCAAGGAAUUGGGUGUGAAAAAUCCAAUUCAGAGCAAGAAAUCAAGAUCCCAAGAGGGGAUUGAAAGAAGCUCAUCUGAGAAACUAAAGUCAAGAUCUGGGCUGCAGAAACAGAAAGUGAAGUCCUUGUUGAAUGACAGUGGAACUGAGAAGAAUUCUCAAGUGAAGAGGGUUAAAUCUGAAAACACACUUUCUCUUCAUCCACUAAACACAGAUUCAGCAUCAAGCAAGGAUUUUGAUGAGAAUGUGAAGAGUUGUGAGGGUGUAGAUGAACCAAAGAAUGCAACAUUUUAUGAAAAUAAGGUUGUUCAAGGGGAGGAGUCAAAAUCUGAGGGAAAUAAGGUUGUUGAUGAGUCCAAAAAUAAGCUUAAAGAGUGUUUGCCCAAUAAUGAGAAAAAACCAACUGAGGUUCAGAAAACAAAAUCUGAUGAGAAUUCUAAAGAACCAAAAGUGGCCAUUGAUCUGGUCAAAUCUACACCUAAAGUGGAAGGGGAUGAUUCUGAUAGAGACCAAUGGGAAGAAGCUGAAGAGAAACCUGAGAUUAAGGUUGAGAAUAAGAAUGUUGUUAAGGAAAUCAGUGCAUCAUCAGAAAAAGAAAAGCCUAAAAACAUUGUGACAGUAGAGAAGAAGCUUCAUCAUAGCAAUACAAGAGUUGUGCCCAUCUCACCAAUAGAGAAGAAACAGCCUUCCCAAAUCACAGGCCAUGCCAGAAUUCACCCCACUCCAUCAAGAACCAAACCAGUUCCAGCAUCAGAGGAAUCCCAUAAAACUCAUAGACCUCACAGCAGACUGCAGAGCUAUGCUGAUUUAGUGUUGUGGAGAGAUAUAACAAAAUCAGCAUUUGUGUUUGGUGUUGGAACAUUUCUGAUUAUUUCAUCUUCAUAUGUUCAAGACUUUAAUGUGAGCAUGACUUCUGUGCUUUCAUACAUGGGUCUAGUAUAUCUUGCUGUAAUUUUCACAUUCAGAUCCUUUUUUCACAGGGGAACCAUACAAGUAGGCGAGACAAGUGAUUAUGUUGUUGGAGAAGAUGAAGCAGUCCGGGUAGUAAAAUUCGUACUCCCUUGCAUAAACGAGUUCCUCUUGAAUAUCAGAGCCUUAUUCUCUGGAGACCCUGCAACAACAAUGAAGAUGGCAGUGCUGCUCUUUAUUUUGGCACAAUGUGGCAGCUCCAUAACCGUAUGGAAAAUGGCUAAAUUGGGCUUUUUUGGCGUUUUCAUUGUCCCAAAAGUCUGCUCUUCCUACUCCUCUCAGUUAACUGCAUUUGGUACACUUUGGAUUCGGCGCUUAAAAAACUCAUGGGAAUCGUGCACUCAUAAGAAAGCCAUUGCAUUUGGCAUCUUCACGCUGGCAUGGAAUUUAUCUUCGGCCAUUGCUCGAAUUUGGGCAGUUUUCAUGUUGUAUGUGGCAUUCAGAUACUAUCAGCAAUCUUUGAUGAGAGAAUCUGUUGGGUCUAAGCCCGUAGAUUCCAGACAACUUGGGAGGAGAACCAAUUUAACAGUGAACGCAAACAAGCUGAAGAAACCUAUGUAAGAGUUACUUCAUAUGUGUUACAAGUUUAGUACACUUGCCAAAAACCCAAAAGGUAGCUCAGGUCGCAAAUGAGCUUCUUUGUGGUGACGAUCCUAAGGAUAACCCGCGCGAUACCCACAGGUGACAAUUCCCUUUGAGUCAGCUCUCAUGCCUCCUGGAACGAACGGAGAUUAGUCAGGUGGACCUGGACCAUAUGGACGGAGAAAGACCUGAAACAACUCGUGGUUUAAAAAAAAAAGUAUACACUUACCAAAAGUAGUCGGGUCUAAGUCCGGAAAUUUUACCUUUGAAAAUAAAAGAAAAUGUAGUAUAUGUACUUGUUUGAAUUUCAACUUUAUAGAGGGAUUCAAGAGCUAAGAGACCUAAGAAGUAAAAUUUUACUAUUUUUUCUUUC